AUGUCAAACAAAAAGAUAACCGGAGAAGUGAUCGGAAUCGACCUAGGAACGACCUUCUCCUGCGUCGCCGUCGCCGGAAAGGACGGUACGAUCGAAAUCAUAACAAACGACCAGGGAAACAGAACCACCCCUUCAUGGGUCGCCUUCUCUCCUGUCUCCGCCGGCUCCGAACGUCUCAUCGGCGAAGCCGCCAAGAAUCAGGCCACUCUCAACCCUCGCCGUACCAUCUUCGACGUAAAGCGACUCAUCGGGAAAAAGUUCGACCACCCGGACGUCCAGAACGACCUAAAAUACCUGCCCUACCCCGUCGUGGACAGGGACGGAAGGCCGUGCGUUGAAAUGGAGGUCAACGGCAAGUUCAGAAUCUUUACCCCGGAAGAAAUCAGCGCCAUGGUGCUGGGGAAAAUGAAGGAGACGGCGGAAUCGUUCCUUGGGAAGCAAGUCACCAACGCAGUGGUGACUGUCCCGGCGUGUUUUAACGAUUCCCAGAGGCAGGCCACCAAGGACGCCGGCACCAUCGCCGGGCUCAAUGUUGUACGGAUAAUCAACGAGCCGACGGCCGGCGCCCUGGCCUAUGGUGUGAAGAAGGACUCGAGGACCAAGAGGAAUAUUCUGGUGUAUGAUUUGGGUGGUGGGACGUUCGACGUCAGCGUUUUGAAGAUCGAUAACGGUGAGUUCAAGGUUCUGGCGACCGGUGGCGACGCUCAUCUCGGCGGUGGGGAUUUCGACCAGAGAGUGAUCGAGUAUUUCGUCAACUUGAUCAAGAGAAAGUACAGGAAGAAUAUCAGUCAGAACUGGAAGGCGUUGGGGAAGCUGAGGAAGGAAUGCGAAAGGGCGAAAAGGGUAUUGAGCAGUCAGACUCAAGUUCGAGUAGAGAUCGAUUCCUUAGUAGAGGGGAUGGACUUUACAGAGACACUGACGAGGGCGAGAUUCGAGGACUUGAAUUCUGAUCUCUUCGAGAAGACGUUGGAGGUGGUGAAGAGGACACUGGCAGAUGCUAAGGUGAGCAAGGAACGGAUUGAUGAGAUUGUGUUGGUUGGUGGAAGCACGAGAAUUCCUAGGGUUAGGGAGAUGCUGAAGAAGGCAUUUGAUGGGAAGGAGCCGAGCAAAGGGAUUAAUGCUGACGAAGCCGUGGCUUAUGGGGCUGCUGUGCAAGGUGCUAUGCUCAGUUGCGAUCAAUGA